AUGUUGCUGGCAGAUGCUGGUGCUACCAAUUACACUCGUCUGCACAAUAUGACGAGCGAAAAGUUCGGUCCUCCGAUUGGUGAUAGACCGUGUUUGAAUGAUUCAGAUGUGUUGGUUUACAUGAACAACAAAAAAGUUCGUGAGGCGUUGCACAUACCGUCUAAUCUUGGCAAAUGGGAGAUCUGCAGUGUUCCGGUUAGUGAAAAUAUUGAACAAAUGCAAUAA